AUGUCAACCUCCUACUUCAAAGUAAUAGAGCACGCCAUCCCUUGUCAGUCUAUUCAAGAAUAUCCCCAUGCUGUGAAGACGGACAACCCUCCCUUGCAGUUGGCUGUCAAGCAAUAUAUUCCGCUCAACAAUCUCAACCCCGGUCCGGACGACAUUACAAUUAUUGCUGGGCAUGCAAAUGGAAUCCCCAAAGAAUGCUAUGAGCCUAUUUGGGAUGAGCUCCUCGCAUUAACGAGCGUUAAGAUUAAAGCCAUCUGGUUCGCAGACUGUUCUCACCAGGGCGCCAGUGGAGUAUUAAACGAGCGGAUUCUUGGUUAUGACCCGAACUGGUUUGACCAUUCCCGAGAUCUCUUAUGCAUGGUGAACCAUUUCCGAGAUUUGGUUCAGCCUCCGAUCGUGGGAGUUGCACAUAGUUUCAGCUGCGCUCAAUUUGUUCAUCUUUCCAUAAUGCAUCCUCGCUUGUUCCAUACGCUAAUCUUUCUGGAGCCUAUGAUCCAAGUAAAAAGUCCAAGCAAACUCGGUGGGCGAAGUCCAGCGCUUUGGGCAAGUACUCGACCGGAUUUGUGGCCGUCCCUGGAAGCUGCGGAGACUUAUAUUCGGGAUAAUCCUUUUUGGCGCAAAUGGGAUAAAAGGGCAGUGAAUCAAUAUAUUCGAUUUGGAUUUCGGUCUACCCCUACUGCUCUCUACCCCAGCUCAUCACCAGGCGCGGUGACACUUACCACAACAAAGGCGCAAGAAGCGUGGACGUAUCUGCGCUUUAAUGCUACUCCACGAGCCGGGGUUGAUAACCCGCAUGACCCAAUGGAGCGUCUCCUAGGCCCAGAUGUUGCUGUAGCAGGAAAAGAAGGAGAUAAUAACAACCGCGACUACGUUACUGUUUCCCCCUGGCCCUGCUUGGGGUUUGAGUUCCUUCCAUAUGUUCGGCCAUCGACUUUGUACGUGUUUGGGGACAAAAGUCACAUUAACAUCCCCGACCGGAGACGGGAAAAGCUUCAGCGCACUGGUACAGGGCUUGGAGGCAAUGGAGGCGUUGCUGCGGGACGUGUGCGAGCAGAUAUUAUACCCGGCACAUCACACCUGGCGCCCCUCGAGAAAGUGUCCUACACUGCGCGCAUUUUAUCUGGCUGGUUGGAGCUGGAGAUUGAAAGGUACCGCAAGGAGAAAGGGUUCUUUGAUUGUGAGUAUAACUGUGGAAAGUCGGACCGUGACGGGAUGGCAUUAUCAACACAGUGGAUGAAGUACAUAAAGGAGCCUGUUAAUGUCAAGCGACCUACGAAACCUCAUCUGUAG